UGUGUGUCUUGUGAGCCGUGUGACACCGCCCCUCCGGACGUGCAGCGGGACCGUGGAGACGCCAACUAUCGGUUAGGUCUGCUUGCUGUAAACAAAUCUGAACACCAGCACGAUGUACGGAAAAGACACAUUUACCGAGCAGCGGUUUUCCGCGCUGUCGCCGCCGGUGCUGACGUCCAUCAUGUAGCGAGACCGACGCCCGGUUUACGCUUUGCAGCCCGGGAACGUUAGCGUUUUUUUUGCCGCUGGCAGACCUGUCAUUGUCUCGGCCGGUGGUAUCACAGGUAUUUUAACGCGACGACUGUCAUAAUGGUCGCUGGGUGAAUUGUGCAUUCACGCUAGCUCGCUAACGGUUAGCAAACCGUAUGAAUCUGGCUAAUUUGGACUCCGAGCCGUGAAAUAAUCAUCCGUGAGGUCCGUGAACAUGGCAUCGCCCGCAGAGCACGAGCUGGUUCUGUCUGAGGCGGACAGCAGCAAAGAGAAGGCUCAGGUGUUUGGGAUUUUGAGGCUGCAGGAGGAGAAAUCUGGGGCUGUGGAUAAAGCUAACAGUAGCAGCACGGCGAGAGGAGGAGGAGGCGGUGGAGGAGACGGCCGAUGGCAGGCUCCGAUCUUCGCUUUGGCCAGGAAAGCGUCCGAGACUAUUUCAGGCAGCAUUCACGUCCUGCCCAAAGUGUCGGAGCACAGGACGUCUCUGGCGGGGGACUGGGCCGUCCAAGCCCUACGAGACCCCAUGGCCAUGGAGCGAGCCAACCUGCUGAACAUGGCCAAGCUGAGUAUUAAAGGUUUGAUCGAGUCGGCUCUGAGCUUCGGACGAACACUGGACUCGGACUACCCGCCUCUCCAGCAGUUCUUUGUGGUCAUGGAGCAUUGCCUCAAACAUGGACUCAGAGUGAAGAAGUCCUUUCUGGGUUUUAACAAGUCUCUGUGGGGUCCUCUGGAGCUGGUGGAGAAACUCUGUCCUGAAGCAGCAGAGAUCUCAGCCUCCGUACGAGACCUGCCUGGACUUAAGACUCCUUUAGGCCGAGCCAGAGCUUGGUUACGUUUGGCUCUCAUGCAGAAGCGGCUGGCCGACUACCUGCGACUCCUCAUCACCAGAAAAGACCUGCUCAGUGAUUUCUAUGAGAAUUCAGCUCUGAUGCUGGAGGAGGAGGGAGCCGUGAUCGUUGGCCUGCUGGUGGGCCUGAACGUCAUUGAUGCUAAUCUGUGUGUGAAAGGCGAGGACCUGGACACUCAGGUCGGGGUGAUCGACUUCUCUAUGUACUUGAAGAAUGACAUCGAUGAUUACAGGAGUGAAGAGAGGAACAGCCAGAUCGCGUCCAUCUUGGAUCAGAAGAACUACGUAGAGGAACUGAACCGACAGCUCAACUCCACAGUUCAUGGUCUUCAGGGCAGAGUCGACUCUCUAGAGAAGUCAAACUCUAAGCUCAUAGAGGAGUUAGCCAUAGCCAAGAACAACAUCAUCAAACUACAGGAAGAAAACCAGCAGCUAAGGAGUGAAAACAGCCUGAUUCUGCUGAAGGCGCAACAACAUUUAGAGGUAACUCAAGGCGACGUGUCAGUGGAGAGAGACACAUACAAACAGUCUCGUCAGGGUUUGGAUGAGAUGUACAAUGAGGCUCAAAGACAGCUGAAAGAGGAGUGUCAGCUCAGACAGGAUGUGGAGAACGAGUUGGUCGUCCAGGUGUCAAUGAAACAGGAAAUGGAGCUGGCAAUGAAACUUCUGGAGAAAGAUAUUCAUGAAAAACAAGACACACUAAUCGGACUGAGGCAGCAACUGGACGAGGUCAAAGCCAUCAACGUAGAAAUGUACCAGAAAAUGCAGUCAUCCGAUGAGGAGAUGAAGAAGAAGAACGAUGUGAUCAGUCGUCUGGAGGAGAAGACCAAUCAGAUCACUGCCACCAUGAAGCAGCUGGAGCAAAGAUUGCAGGAGGCAGAGAGGCACCGCACAUCGGCCGAGGAGGGAACCCGGCGCUUCAAGUUGGACUUUGCCAACAAGGCCGACAGCCUGCAGCGGCAGAUCGAACACAGAGAAAAGCAGCUCCAGCAGCUGGAGACUGAUCUGAAGAUAGAGAGGGAGUGGAGACAGACGUUACAAAAUGAUCUGGAAAGAGAACGAGACACUGUGGCUCAGCUCAGCACAGAGGCGCUGCAGAUCAAUGGACUGAAAAAGGAGUUCCAUCGUCUCCAGGAUGAAAACAUUCAGCUAAAGUCUAUCUGUGAGGACCAAGAACAAGCUCUGGAGGAACUCGGCUCUAAACUCAGCGAAUCCAAAAUGAAGAUCGAAGAUAUCAAAGAAGCCAACAAAGCUCUUCAGGGAGGUCAGGUUUGGUUGAAGGACAAAGAAGCCAGUCACUGCAAGCUGUGUGAGAAGGAAUUCUCCAUCUCAAGACGAAAGCACCACUGUAGGAACUGUGGGGAGAUUUUCUGUAACAGCUGCUCUGACAAUGAGCUUCCUCUGCCUGCGUCUCCCAAACCAGUCAGAGUCUGUGACACCUGCCAUGCCCUGCUCCUCCAGCGCUGCUCCUCCAAUCCAACGUGAGAGUCUUGCUCUGCUGCCAGCACAGCUUGAAAACAAUCUGAGAUGAGACACGUAAAUAUCAACUCACCAGUUCUCUGCAAGAUCCGUCUCCCAACUUACAGGGUGUGAUCAAGAAGUUCCAAGUCUGCGUCUGUUAAAUUCAAAAAGCAUGCCAAAUUUAAAUUCAGCUGCCAGUCAUCUCUUGUGCAGUGAUACACUGAUAUACUCUGGAAGACACAUUCUGACCACUAAACAGUUUUACCAUGGACCUCAAACAUGUGCAGAGAGGGAACAUCAAAUUCUGUGUGAAACUGACGAAGACCAUGUGAAGGAUCAUCAUUAGUGACGAGACUUGGGUUUACAGCCUCAAUCCAGAGGCCAAACAACAGUCUUCACUGCAAGAACCCGCAUCUUCCAAGACUGAAGGAAGGUCAGCAGCUCAACAAGAGCAUGAUCAUUUUUCUUUGGUCAGCGCUGAACUGUCUGCAGUCUUGGAACGUCUUGAUUGCGUCUCAUAUAUUAACGGUGCCUGCUGCUAGGAGUGGACCACAUGCAUGAACACUCAUUUGUCUUUUUAGUUUAAAGAAGUCUCACUAAGUGAGCUGCACCUACAUCGUUGUACCUCAUCAAAGUUGGAUGUCUGCUGCUUUCUCUGCAGAUCUUCUGUAGGGAGUGCAAAACAUGUCUUGCAAUCAGACAGAAAUUUUCAUAUUUAAUAGCAAAUCUUCAGAGAUCUUCAAUAUACAUCCUUUCUACAGUUCAUUCCAAAAAUGUUAUACAUGAGUAUUUGAAAAUACUCUCAAUACAAACUAAGUUUUGAACUUCUGCCUUCAGUUUCUUGGUACUGAGUGAAUCAAACAACCAGAGAAGGUAAUAGUGAAAGCUGGAAAGAAGCAUUAAGCUUUUUAACCUUCUCAUUGAUCUGACCAAUGGUCACAUUUAAAAAAAAAAAAAACUCUUAAAGGCACAACAGUUUUAAAUAUAUCAAGAUGAACUGCUGACCUGCUGUCAUUUCUGCACACAGACAGACUGAUCAGCAGCUCAGGUUCUGGUAAACUUUAGCAGGAUUAGAAAAUUUGGUUAGGAAAGAAGGAACAACUUUAUAGAGAGCUGAAAGUGAAACUGACUGUGACUAGCACUGCUGCAGCUAAAUGAACCAAACUGCCAGUUUCACUCAGCGUGUGUCAGACCUCAAACUGUACACAUUAACUGUACGGCCAAACACAUGAUUAUAUAGUUUAUACAUGCAGUAUGGUGGCCUUGGUACUGUUGAGUCUGAAUUCAAAGCUCCUUCUUUUUAAGGCAGCAUUUACUCAGGCAGUGCAGAUCAACCGAAUUAACAGGGUAAAACAAAUGAACCACAUCUUACAAAAAUGAAAUAUAAACCAGAUAUAUUACUGUUAGUCAGUGAUGAGAUCAGAAUUGUGUGACAAAAUUAAACUGGUCACCCUCAGUCUGUUUAGGUGAAUCAGUGCAGAAUGAAAAAUGCAAUGAGCCCCAUUUCUUCAGACUAAUUGCUAGAACAUUUACUGCUCCAAGCAUAGAUUAGACUAGACUAGUUCCCCAUUAGGCUAUAGGCUGAAAAGGAACUGAAAAAAUGGCUAUGGUGCCACAUGUGCCUGUGGACAUACAGUGGAUUUUACCAACUUUAGCUUCUCUUGUUGCCAAAAUGAGCCUUAUAUUUCUACAGUGAGGAUUUCUGUAGAGAAUCUAAAGCCCAACAUAUUUCAAAGUAGCAACGCUAGCCUCUAGUAGUCAAGCAAUGAGUCUAGAUUAAAGGCACAUUUCACUGUUUGUUUGAGACACUAAUGCAGUGGAUUCUGCUUAAAGGACCAAGAAGAGAGCGAAACAUGUAGUCAGCAUGACUCUGUCUGGUUCUCCUGUUGAUGAACCACUGAUAGCUAACUUACAACACGACCACUUCACUAGUUAGUGGUUGUCAAGAACAGACUUAAGUGUUGCAAAUCUCUGACUUCGCCACAAAGUAUGUUUGAGCACUUGCCAAUCAUAUAUUGUCUGAAAUAUAGAUUAAUUUCAGAGUAUUUAUAAUUGAUUUUGUGUUUUCUGCACAUUCAUUUGUACUUGUGCAAGUCUGAGGAACUUGUCUGAACCUUCCCUAUUCACUUGAAGUCAGUUGUGAUCACAUGUAGAAAAAUCACCUUUUACUGCUGCUCCAUUCCUGAGAGGAAACGUUUGAAACUUUAAAACAUCUUUUUUUUUUAAAAAAUCAAGAUUUACAACUGUAUUGCAUUGUCAGACUAAAGCUGAUUACCCACAAGUACAGAAUCUUCAACGACGGGUCACGAGCUUCAGUGUAUAUUCUGGUUUUGUACUUGCAAUGUUUACAACCUGUGAAUUUUCACAAACUGGAAGUAUUCAUUCCCUUGGAGACAUAAAUCGGGCUGGGGUUCAUUUCAAUAAGCGGUUCUCGUUUCAAAUAUUUUUAAAUUAUUACAAGUUUUUCAUGUCAUCAUUAAGUACUAGAGGCAACUGUUUCUGAACUGAACCCUGCCAGUCUUACUUUUUGUGCAGCGUUGCUCUUGUAAAUCUCCCAGCUUUCUGUGGGACUUGUACAGUGUUGAUACGACUGUAUGUUGAAUAUAAAUAAGGUUUAUAAUCGCUGUGGCCGUUUAGCUUACUAAAUCCUGCCAGUUUAAUAUUAACUCUAUUGCCAACAGUCUGCUGCCUUGACUGUGUAGCAGUUUGAUUAAAUCAAGGACAGACAUAA